AUCGGAUUCUUGUAUUCUGCAAUAGGAACGGUAACUAGUUGCGUGUAGUAGUCGUAUUAUUCAAUUCGGAACGACAACCGAUUGCGUGGAGGUAGAAUUCUACAAUUCAUUGCUAGGAACGGUAACCGGUUGCGUGUGAAGGUCGGAUUCUACAAUUCAUUACUAGGAACGGUAACCAGUUGCGCGUGAAGGUCGGAUUCUACAACUCAUUAUUAGGAACGGUAACCGCUGGCGUGUGGAGGUUGGUUUAUUCGAUUCUUUACUGGGACCGAUAACGCAUUGCUGGUGGUUUUCGUAUUCUGCAAUCUGUUACUGCUAAGGGUGACCGACUUCUUGUGGUGGUAACUUCUACAGUAUUUUACGGAGAACGGUAACCAAUUGCUUGUUGUGGUCGGAUUCUACAGUUCUUUACUGGGAACAGUACUCGGUUGCCUGUGAAGGUCGGAUUCCUCAAUUCUUUACUAGAAGUAAAACUUGAUGACGGAUCUCUGUUGUAAUAAAUAAUAGCAAUUUUAAUUGAACUAUACCGGAUUAUCUUCACAUCAAUUUGUACCGGAUAUGGCCAUGUACAGGCACAUCAAUCAACGUUCGGGGCUGUUAAUAAUAGUAUUGUUCGGGUGUGGAUUAACAUUAACAAUCGAUGGAAAGUUAUCAAAUGCAACGGAACUUAUCUCAGAAUUAUCACACAACACCAGAACUAAACACAAUCAUGAUCAAGACAGUCUAAUAGAGCCUUUAAGGGACGGUGAAGAAAUCUCACUAGAAAGCUCGACAGAUUCCCAAGAUGUGAAAACAGCAUCUCUGUUGACAUCGGGGAAUUUGACCAACACAACGUCGGAUGAAUCAUUGUUAAUCGUGGAUACAGUAGCAUUUGACAAAAGAGGUUCUUCAAAUGGCAAACAGACCAUAGGCAAAUCUACAAAUCACAAGAAGAAACCAAUCUUGAACAUCAACCAGAAUUUUCAGAUCAUAAUCAACAGUAACCAAGAGAGACCGUACCCGUUUGCAAAUGGACACAACCCGUUCGAACGACCAGAGGAUUUAAUAGAUGAGGAAUCUGAAUAUGAAGAUAUCGAGAUUAAUGUUAAUGAUAAUGCUACUCGGGUAGCCGUUACAGAUAGACUACUCAGAGGCUUCGGUAUAUUACCUAAUCAAACAGAUUGUUUGAGGAAAAGUAAAACGUAUGAACAGAUCGUAGAUGAUGUAGCAACGUUAGAACCAAGCCAGUUUUUCGUUCAUCUAAUGGCGUCGAUUGUGACGGUGUAAUCGUGUAGCCGUAAUCUAACUACUAAACAGACUGCACAUUGGAGGGUUGUAUCGAAAACCCUGGAUCCGACUGGAGAUUGUGAAAACGUCGAACUUGGCAAGAGCACUGAAUGCGCCGAAAAUCUCCUGAGAAAACUGGUUGACCAUUGGGAUAACUCGGUCGUACAUAACCCCAACUCAAAUUCUUUACAAACUUUUAUUAAUGCCAAAAGGUGUAUUAACAGUAAUAAUGUGGCGAUGUUGACGAAACAUGACAGAAAUAUCAACCCCUACCCAGAAAGGGUGUUUCUCUACAGAAUGGUGAAAGUUCUUAUAGAACAACUAAAUGAAGGUUACAGUAUAUCGUUGGAUGGUGAACCGUGUGAAUUGAUGUUUGUAGAAGAAAUAUUUCACAAGUAUGGGGAACAGACAGUUCAUUUGGAAGACAUGUUUAUCACGGAACAAAAAUUGGAAAGUCUUAUCGGUGAUAUGAUUAGUGUUGUAGGAGCCAAGUCUCGAGUUGAUCCACAGAAAAAUUUCCUCUUGGGUAGAAAAUCUCGGAGUGUACCGACAGCAAACCCGAUGAGUUAUAAUGUGUCGGAAUUAUUCAAGAUAUUCAAGAUGAAAGAUCGAGUAAAUGUGGAGCAGUUUUAUCAGAUGUGUCCGUCAAUAGUCGACGAGGUGCUGACCAUCCAUUCCAAGACGCGUUCUGGCACAAAAUCCGAAGAGAUCAAAUGUAAUUCUACAACUACUCUGUCUAACACAGAAAUCUAUGGUUACGGUACACUGGCUGUUUCUAUCAUCAGUAUCAUGUCAGUAUUAGGAGCGGUUGUAAUGAAAGCCGCAACCGGAGCUGUAAGACAGUACGUUAUGGCGGCAUUGUUGGCGCUAGCUACAGGUAAUUUAUGUGGCGAUGCCUUACUACAUUUACUUCCCGAGGUGUUAAGUGAUGAAGGUGAGGAUGAUGAUGGUGAUGGAUUAACAACCAGUGAGAUAAUUCUAACGGGAUCGACGGAUAUCUCUAUAGCUAGUAGUAGAAUGUGUGCUGUACUCGCUAGUAUCUACGCUUUCUUUAUAUUAGAGUUAAUCAUGAGUCUUUAUCAUACACACGAUCAUGAUCAUACACCAGACAGGUCAGGUGAUGAUUUAAGUAAUAUAAAUGUUUCUGUGUUAAAAGUUAUUACAGAUGAACAAUAUGAUUCUAAUAAUACAGCAUCGUGUUCAACGAGUCAAGAUGGCGGUGAACAUGUGUGUAAAGAAGAACGAGAUAAUAUUGUCAACAGACAUCGAGCACCAGCCUCUUUAGCAUGGAUGGUUAUAGUUGGAGAUGCUAUACAUAAUUUUGCUGAUGGUUUAGCUAUAGGUGCAGCAUUUACAGGCCAGUUGUCUAGCGGUUUAUCCACGUCUAUCGCUGUUAUAUGUCACGAAUUACCACAUGAACUAGGUGAUUUUGCUGUGUUAGUAUCAACGGGAAUGAGUAUAAAGAAAGCUCUAAUAUUAAACUUCGUCUCAAGUCUGACGGCGUUUGCUGGGUUAUAUGUUGGUAUAGCUGCUGGUAAACUAGAAGCUGCUACAGAAUGGAUCUUUCUGGUCGGUGCUGGGAUGUUUCUCUAUGUAGCUCUAGCUAACUUAUUACCAGAACUUCAGAAAUAUUUUCAAGAACAUCGCACUUGGCAGAUGUUUUUAGCGCAGAAUAUCGGAAUAUUGAGCGGUUAUGCGGCUAUGUUAACUAUAGCCAUAUUUGAAGACGAUAUGGGCUUCUGAAUAGUUGGUGCCGUAGUCACAGGCAACAACGUUUCUUUGGUUUUAAUAUAAAUAUUUAAAGUCCCAUUGCGUCAUUAGCAUUUUUCGCUAAGAUAUAAAACUUUCUAACGGCAUAAAUAAAUAACGCUAAUAUGUACAUGAGACACAGGCAACAACGUUUUUUUGUGUUUUUGUUUUAAUAUAAAUAUUUUAAGUCCUAUUGCGUCAUUAACAUUUUUCACACGGCAUAACCCACGCUAAUAUGUACUCAGAUUGAUUAUUUAACAAUUUGAUUAAGAAAAUAAAGAUCAAAAUAUCAACUCGAGAUAAUCUAUCGUGUUGGAGUCAAUAGGAUUUUAACUAGGCUGUUGUGUCACAUUGCGACAAUUAUACCACAAUAUUUAUAUAUAUACACCAAGCUUUAAAUCAGUUUCGCACAUUUAUAGCGAGUGGCAUUGAUCGAUAGAAUUUUAAUUCAUCAUAUCUCUGUAAAUACUGAACGGAAUUGAACCGUAUUUUUGGACUGAUUAUCCUAUUAGAGAUUCAACUUUCACAACAUUGUAAGGAUUCAGAUUGAGCGCUAAAAUAUUGAUUUGUUUAUUCAACUGAAUUGUAGUUAAUUUGAACUCUCCAAAGACGAUGUCUGUUGAAUUCACGUCAGUGUUUCAGCCGUUAUUAAGUGUGGUUUAAAGGUCAAGAGCGAGAACAUUAAACAACUACAGACAAUGAAAUACGUCACGCGAGUCCACUGUUUCAUCUAGUAUAAAUAAUGUAUGAUUGACAUGUUGGUCGUGCAUUAUUUCAAAUAAUGGUACGUUACCAUCAAUGGAUAGCGUCAGUUUAGUUUAAAGGAGUUAAUUCGCUAUUCCUUGGCACCUAGA